CAGUCAUCAUGACAUGUCUUCAACAUAAGGAACAGCUUCUUCCUUGGAAGCGUUUCAUCUGCUAACCUUGCGGAGAGGUUGGCUCCUUCUUAUGGUUAGCAUUUUGAGAAGUAAUUGAAAAGCUACUCGUCUUGGCAAGUAGAUAUUGACAGGAACUAAACGUGUGCCAGAAGUGACCUACAGCUAGCUUACUAGCCCAGGAGCUUGUUAAAAGAGAGCUUAACAAGCUAGUACGCGUAAACGACAGCUAACCGAGGAUACCUAAUAAUUUAACAUUAACGUUCACCAAAGAGAGCAGCUGAAAAGAAUACCUGUUAUCGCUGUAUCUACAGGAUAUAUUAGGAAGUAGCAGUACAAGCCUGUAGAGACACUGAAGUGAAAUUACAGGCCACAGACAAAGAUGAACACAUCCUUCCCAUGGUUUACCAUGAAUCUCACCUGGAGUGGGUGGAUGUUGUGAGAAAGGAGAGAGGAGGACGGAGCACAAGGGGACUAUAAACAAGAGUCAUGAAUCUCCAUCAGGUCCUCACAGGGGCUGUCAACCCUGGAGACAAUUGUUUCUCUGUAGGGAGCGUCAACGAUGUGCCAUUCACGGCCUAUGCGUCAGGUUGUGAUGUGGUGAUUUUAGGCAGUAACUUUGAGCGACUGCAGAUCAUCCCAGGGGCCAAACAUGGUAACAUCCAGGUCGGCUGUGUUGACUGCUCACUGCAGGGUGGACAGAUUGCAGCUUCCUAUGGAAGCAUUGUGUGUGUCUUUGAGCCUGUUCAACACCCAGAUCAAAAAGACACAUCACUGUCUCAGAACUGCCAAUGGCAGAAGACUGGUCAAUUUGCAUUAAAGUCUAUGGUACGGAACCUGGCCUGGCACCCUACAGGCAGCACUUUGUUAACAGGCUCUAGUAGCCUCCAGUUGUGGUCUAAUGUUGACGGAGUGAAAGAUGAAGCUGAAGAAGUGGAAAAGCAGACAGACGUUACCCUAAGAGACUCUCAUUCUGCCUGGAGCUGUAUCUGGCAAAGCAAGACGGCCUCUCCAGUCAGUUUAAUGAAGUUCUCUCCUGAUGGGGAAUUCUUUGCUACCGCUGGACAGGAUGACUGCCUAGUAAAGGUCUGGUACAGCACUAGUAAGUGGAAGUCGGGUGUUUUCAAACUCUUCACACCUCCAGAACAAAGUGUCAGUUUCCAGGGAGAGCUGGCCUUUUCAUUUGUUUACCUGGCACAUCCCCGAUCUGUAACUGGUUUUUCUUGGAGGAAGACCAGCAAGUACAUGCCACGAGGUGCAGUGUGUAAUGUUCUGCUCACCUGCUGUAAGGACAGCGUGUGUCGGCUCUGGGCAGAGACGCUUUUGCCGGGUGACAGCCUUCUGUCCACUUACCAUGACAACCACACUGGCCAGCACAGUGAUACACCCAGGUGUGCUGGUCCUUCUGGUAAAAAUGCCUGCAAUGGGAAGUCGCAAGGAAGAACAGCACAGGAAGUAAGCUACUCAAAUUUGAAUCUUCGAGAAUCAUUGGAUGCCUCGUUUUAUCGGGAUGUGCCCCAGCCCUCUCUGACUGGCUGCCUGCCUCACCAUCAGAGCCAACACUAUAAUCAUAAAAGGAGCAGCAGCAGCAUGCCUCAUGCCAACGCUCUAUGCCAUUUCCACAUUGCUGCAAGCAUCAACCCUGCCACCGACAUUCCUCUGCUACCCUCCAUCUCCUCUCUGAGUGGCGUGGAUGAUGAGGAACCUGGAGGACCUUUUACCGUCCACUGGCUCAACAACAAAGAGCUUCAUUUCACUUUAGCUAUGGAAGUCUUCCUGCAGCAGCUUAGAGGCAGCCUGGAGCAAGAGAACGAAUGCUCUAAUGAAGAGCCUGAAGAUGAGGAUAACUUUAAUGAAGAAGACAAUGGUAGCAGGCCAAGCAACUCUCAAGUACCUGAGGCUGUGGAGCUUCCUUUGGCAGCAGUGAAGCACCAGGUGGAUGGGCUAUUAGAGGAGUGGAAUAAAGGGGCAGACAUGUUGUUCAGUAUCCAUCCCAUGGACGGCUCUCUGUUAGUCUGGCAUGUAGACUGGUUAGAUGAAUACCAGCCUGGCAUGUUUAGACAAGCUCAGGUGUCGUUUGUGUCCCGUAUCCCAGUAGCGUUCCCUACAGGUGAUGCCAUCUCCUUGAGCCACAGUGUGGUUAUGUAUGCCUGCAACAAGAACGUGGAUCUGGCUAUCCAACAUGGCCGACAGCGACCACCCGGGAACACAUUGCCUCAAACCAAAACUGCUCUUAUAAGCUACGGAGGUCAAGGAAAAGCUUUACCCAGCAGUAGUCUUCGACUAAGCAUUUUUACCCCCAACGUCCUUAUGAUCUCCAAACACGCUGAUGGCUCCUUGAACCAGUGGGCAGUCAGCUUUGCAGAGGACUCUGCUUUCUCCACCGUUCUUAGCGUCUCUCACAAGUCACGGUACUGUGGCCACCGCUUCCACCUUAAUGACCUGGCCUGUCACUCAUUACUCCCUCUCCUCCUCACCACUUCACACCACAACGCCCUGAGGACGCCUGAGGCAGACAGCAUCCUGGCUCCUCCGGACACCUACUCCUCGGGUUUCUCACAUUCAACAUCUCUGCCUCAAGGGUCACGGCCUAGCCGGGUGUCCCUGGGUGUAGUAUCCCAGGAUCCCAAUGCGAUCUACAGUGAGCUGAUUUUAUGGAGAGUGGACCCUGUCGGCCCACUUUCUUUGUCAGGCGGGGUCGCCGAGCUAGCUCGAAUCAAUUCUCUCAAUUCAUCAGCAUUUGCAAAUGUAGCCUGGCUGCCCACACUCAUUCCUAGCAGCUGUUUAGGUGCGUACUGUAAUUCUCCCAGCGCCUGCUUCGUUGCAAGUGACGGCCACUCACUCAGGCUGUAUCAAGCUGUUAUUGAAGCUAAGAAACUCCUGAGUGAGCUCUCCAAUCCUGAGAUAUCAAAAUACGUUGGCGAGGUGUUCAACAUCAUCAGUCAGCAAUCCACAGCAAAACCCGGGUGUAUUAUAGAGUUGGAUUCCAUUACUGACUUUCAGGGGAAGCAGACCCAACUCCUACAUGUUUUUGAGGAGGAUCUGAUCCUUGGCAGUGAGAAGAGAACAGAAAGCACACAGGCAACUCCAGAUUUUCUUCACACAGCAGCCUCAAGCAAGGCGGCUUUCUCGGCACGGUUUUUCCUUGUGGUGGUCGAAUUGACCCCAACAGGUCGCUCUCUCCUCCACAUGUGGCAUCUCCAUCUUGCUGCUCAACCUAUCACCAUGGAAGAUACGAUGGAGAACGAUGCCACCACAGCUUCUCCUAUGAACAGUUCUACUUUGAGCUUUGACACGUUCAGAUCUCCAAUAACUCAGAAGAGUAAACCCUGCACUUCCAAUCUGCAGAGUGCCUGUCGCCUCAGCCUCACAACACACAGGCUAUACAGCCAAGAAAUGGCUCUGCCGGAAGGAGUGGAAGCCAUCAGUGUUACACCUUCAGCAGGUCACCUGAGUGCGUCAUGUUCUCUGCCAGCUGAUCGUGUGCCUUACCUCCUUGCUACUUCCUGUUCUGAUAGAAAGGUUCGGUUCUGGAGGUGCAAUGUCACGGCGCCAGAGCCAUCCAUUAUGGACAACGUGGUGUACCAGUGGGAGGAGUGGCCUCUGCUGGUGGAGGAGAGACUUCCCAACAGCAGUGAAGUAAGAGUGCAAGGUCGUCCUAUAGAGGUCAGCUGCUGUCACUCUGGACGGAUUGCAGUUGCUUACAGGCAAAUGCCAAACACACAUCUGAGCUCGACACCCUAUCUGAACUCUCACGGACUGUUGACUUCUCCUCUUACUUUGUCUUCCCUCCCAUACGUGCAGUCCAACACCCACCAGACCCCAACCCUAACUGUACAUCGUAGCCCAAAUCUCACUCCCAGUCCCAUCCUAGCCAACACUAGAGAGCCGCUGGUCCACAUUGGCAUCUUCCAGUGUGAGUCCACUGGUGGAUCUCAGUGGAUUCUAGAGCAGACUAUCGUUCUGGACAGCACAGAUCCCACAACUGGAAGUGCCAAUAUUCCUGGUAACUUGGACUUGCCGAUGCCUAACGAGGAGGACUGUCCUGGUUCUAUUAGUAAGAGCCAGGUUCAUUUGGACUGGGUCUCCCAAGAAGAUGGAUCACAUAUUCUCACUGUUGGUAUUGGGACAAAGAUUUAUAUGUACGGCCGUCUGUCUGGGAAGCCUCCAGAACUCUGUUUGACAUCUGAUGCAAGUAGAGACCAGAGCUUGUCUCGCCUGGUUCUGCUUCGAUCCGUUGAUCUUGUCUCCUCUGUUGAAGGAUCCUUACCUAUUCCAGUCUCCCUCUCCUGGGUAAGAGAUGGCAUCUUGGUAGUAGGCAUGGACUGUGAGAUGCACGUCUACUCCCAGUGGCAACCCCCAGCACCACCCAAACCCAAUCCCGUGAUUGCCCAAGACACAGACAUCAGCAGCAGUGUGUCCUCUAUAAUCUCAGCCGUCAGACAGAGUCAGGAGGAAGGGCUCAGUACUGGGACAACCAUGUCUUCACUGGCCCCUCCCAAAAAGGCCCUGACAAGAUCAAUGAUGAGCCUGGCACAGAAACUCAGUGGGAAGAGAACAGCGUAUGACCUCCCUGCAGAGAUGGAAGAUUCUGGGCUUUUUGAAGCAGCUCACCAACUCUUUCCCACUCUGCCCCAGUACCACCCUGUACAUUUAUUGGAGCUCAUGGAUCUAGGGAAGGUUCACCGUGCCAAAGCCAUCCUCUCCCACCUGGUGAAGUGCAUUGCUGGAGAAAUUGUUGCACUUAAAGACAGUACCACCAAUCCUGAGAAACGUGUGCGUUCUCGAACCAUCAGCGCCGGAGGCAGCACAGCCAGGGAUCUGAAGAUGUUCUGCAAAGCAGAGAACUCUACCCCUGACUACACAGAGAUAAGCUCCAUCCCUCCCCUGCCUCUGUACGCCCUUCUUGCAGCUGAUGAGGAUACUUCACCAAAACCUGAUAAAGUGGGCAGUGUGAGUGGAGAUAGUGGGCAUGGUUCCAGUCACACGGAUGUUUAUGAUGAGCUGUUUCAUACACCCAGCAUUGCAGACCUGGACCCUCUGGAAGACAAUCAAGAGGAAACUGGGAACAAGGUAAUUGACCUGUCCCAGUACAGUCCAACAUUCUUUGGUCCAGAGCAUGCCCAGGUUCUGUCCAGUCAUCUUCUUCAUUCCAGUUUGCCAGGCUUAACCCGUAUGGAGCAGAUGUCCCUUAUGGCACUGGCCGACACCAUCGCUACCACAAGCACAGACCUCAAGGACAGCCAGGGCAAGAGCAAAGGUGGCGAGACACUGGAUGAGUGUGGUUUAAAGUUCUUGCUUGCCGUCAGACUCCACACCUUCCUCUCUACCUCCCUGCCUCCAGCACAUAGAGCACAGCUACUACGGCAAGGCCUGUCAACAUGUCAUUACGCCUGGGCCUUCCACUCUGAGGCUGAGGAGGAGCUGCUGAACAUGCUGCCUGCCCUACAGAAGGGAGAGCCCACCUGGCCUGAGCUGCGCUCAAUGGGUGUUGGCUGGUGGCUGCGCAGCACCAACAAGCUACGCAGGUGUAUUGAGAAGGUUGCCAAGACUUCUUUACAGAGAAACAAUGAUCCUCUGGAUGCAGCCAUAUUUUAUCUUGCACUGAAAAAGAAAGCAGUGGUCUGGGGAUUGUACAGGUCUCAGAACAAUGCUAAAAUGACAGAGUUUUUCCGCAACAACUUCAAUGAGGACCGUUGGAGGAAAGCAGCACUGAAAAAUGCGUUUUCUCUGUUGGGAAAGCAGCGGUUCCAGCAUUCUGCAGCCUUUUUCCUUCUAGCCGGCUCCCUCAAGGACGCUGUGGAGGUGUGUUUAGAGAAAAUGCAGGACCUACAGCUUGCCUUGGUGAUCUCUAGAUUGUAUGAGUCUGAGUUUGAGAUGUCGUCCACCUACAAAAAGAUCCUUCAGAGACAUGUUCUGGGACAAGACAAACAGAUUCAAGCCCACCAAGACCCCUUCCUGCGGAGCAUGGCUUACUGGGUCCUGGAGGACUACAGCAGAGCUUUGGACACUCUACUUGAGCAACCUGCUAACAGCACCAGCUCUGGGUCCGCUGAGAGCAAAUGCAAUGCAGGUUCCUCUUCUGUGUCUGCAUGUAAUCCUGAGGUUUUCAACUUUUACACCUACCUUCGUACCCACCCACUCCUCCUUCGCCGCCAUUUCGGCUCUUCAGACAAGGCUAAAGUUGGACUGACCGCUGAGGGUCGCAGGGCUGACUCCAUCAGCCUGGAGGAGAGGAAGCUGUUUUUCACAGCUGCAUAUGCACACCUGCAAUCUGGCUGCCCCAUGCUAGCACUUGAAGUCCUCUCAAAGAUGCCCAAAGUCCGCAAGCAUUCUAAACUCCCCCACCAGGAGGAUACAAGCACUGCUGCCGAACUCAGUGUUGAGAGCAAGAAUGGCCAAACGUUGGAGCCGGAUUGGUCUCAGCCGGCUCUAAACGGCUACGAGUCAGACACAAACAGCUUAUCUAACAGCCGGUCAGAUUCAGUGUUAAGUUUUGACUGGAGCCAGCCUUCAUUGGUGCGUGCAGACGAGUCACUGGAGCUGAAGUGGGAUAUUGACAAAGAUGAUGAUGACAAUGAAGAAGAAGAUGAGGAUGAAGAAGAAAAUAAAAAUGUUAAGAGCGGUAGAAGUGCAGAUAGCAGCAGUGUGUUCCAGGACACACAAGAUGCCAUCUCACCAUUAAUGGAGACUGUGACAAGAGAAGACUGCAAUGACUUCCUGGAUCCAUCUAAUGACACCUUGGCGGCCCAGCUCAAGUUUACUGCCUGCUUGAAGAUUAUGACCAAUGAGCUCCGGACGCUGUCGACGGGGUAUGAACUGGAUGGAGGGAAGCUACGUUGCCAGCUCUACCAGUGGUUGGAAAGAGAGGUGGUUGCUCUCCAGCGUUGCUGCAGCUACAAGCCCUUCUUUCCAGAGCUGUCUGCCCAGGGUGAUGCCCCUAUUUCUGGGUUGGUGGAGGAGGAACAGCCCGGGAGUCCUCGUGGUGACAGCCAGAGGAGUAGGAGACACUGGCUGCAGAGCAACCAGCACUUACUGAGGAUGUUUUUGAGCUACUGCAGCUUGCAUGGCUCCCACGGUGGAGGACUGGCCUCGGUGCGCAUGGAGCUCAUAUUAUUGCUUCAAGAGUCUCACCAGGAUGACACCAUCCAGUCUGCAGUGAUGCCAUGUCAACCAACUUCUAUUCCUCUUCUGAUGGCUUGCACGGCCAACGUAAAGACAGUGGUUGCCAAUCCUAUUGUCUACCUGACUAACAUGGCUCAUGACAUCUUGCAGACCAUCAAUUCACUUGACUCUCCUCCACAUCCCGAUGUUGUUAACAAUGAGAUCUAUGUGAUGCACACGUUGGCUGCCUCUCUGUCAGCUUGUAUAUAUCAGUGUCUGUGUGAUGGACACACCCACAGCCAUGUGAACCAUUUCACAGGAAUCGUGUAUCAGAGUGUUUUGCUGUCUCAGAAGCAGCCAGUCAGAACUGUCAGCAUGGAUGAGUCUGUUCAGCCCAACACUUCUCCUGCACAGUGGCCAGGUAUAGCCUCUCUGAUUCGCCUGUUGAGCUCAGCAGGCGAGGAGAGCCAGCCAGGCUUAACUGUGCUGCUCUGUGAGAUUCUGACUGCUGUCUUCCUCAGUCUGUUUGUUCACGGCAUGGCCACUCACUCUAGCAAUGAACUGUUCCGCAUAGUAGCCCACCCCCUCAACAGCAAGCUUUGGGUGACAGUAUUUGGAGGAGGCGCCCGGAGCCCUGUCAUAGAGAAACCAAACAGCCCAAUGAGAACACCCCCACCAGCCUCACCAAGUGGCUCAGAAAGGAAGUCCAGGCGAUUCAGGCUUCUGUCAUCACGCAGUGGAUCCAAGGAAGAGUCUGGAAUAGAGCGGGGGUGCCCCUCUAUUCCUAAAGAUGACCACGUAGUAGAAAAUGAAGCCACCUCCAUCUUUAAAGAACGAUUUGUCCCUCCAGAGCUCAGCGUUUGGGAUUACUUUAUCACCAAGCCUUCACUGCCACCAUCAGAAAACAGAAUUGAAUAUGACUCAGAGGAGAGCCAGGGCAGUCAAGAUGAAGAGGAAGAUGAUUGUCAAUAUGAAGAUGUGUUUGACCCCAGCUCUCCGCAAAGAGAGCAUUCAAACCACAAUUCAUACAGUUGGUGUUUGAUGCGUCUGGCAAUGGUUCAACUGGUGUUGGUCAACCUCAAGUCCUUUUACCCAAUGGCAGGAUAUGAUCUAUUAGAACUGCCUGUGGGCUCUCCUCUGUGUCACGCUGUGCUGAAGACACUGCAGCGUUGGGAGCAGCUGCUGCAGAAAAGGCUGGAGAUUUUCGGGGGCCCCCCUUCCAAGUACAUCUCCAACCCCCUCCAGGAUGAAACCGCCGCACCGGGCCCCGCCCUGCUUAGACACAAGGCUCUGUUUGAACCAUCCAACACCCCUUUCAGGACUAGUCACCAUUCAGCACUGCCAGAGAAGCGUCUGUGGCAGUUUUUGGUCAAGCAGGAAGAAGUUCAGGAGACUUUCAUAAGAAACAUCUUUACCAAGAAACGGGACACAAAUGAGUUGGGUGAGGACCAGACUGACAAUGUGAAAUGUUCAGGGAUGGAGGAGACAGGAAACUAUCAGACUGAGACGGAUCUGGGCUCUCCGGGAGGAAAGGCACGCAUCAUCCACAAGGAAUCUGACAUCAUCACAGCCUUUGCCAUCAACAAGGCAAAUCGUAACUGUUUAGUCAUGGCCUCCACCCAUGACAUUCAGGAGUUGGAUGUGUCAUCCAUCUUGGCCACACAGAUCUUGACAUGGAUUGAUGAUGAUGAUGCAGAAGCCAAAGGUGCUUGUAGUGAUGACUUCCUGGUGGUUCAUGCACGUGAUGACUUUACCGCCCUCCACGGCACCACACCGUACACUCACAGUAGCCCCGGCACACCCAUCCACAUGCCGUGGCUGGGAGGAGUGCAGACAGGCCGCGGUGCAGCUGUGAUGAUCAAGAGAAAUAUUAACAACGUGAGAAGAAUGACCUCCCAUCCCACACUGCCUUACUACCUGACAGGAGCUCAGGAUGGUAGUGUCAGGAUGUUUGAGUGGGGCCACUCCCAGCAGAUCAUCUGCUUCAGAAGUCCAGGCAACUCCAGAGUCACCAGGAUACGAUUCAACCACCAGGGAAACAAGUUCGGGAUCGUCGAUGCUGAUGGAGGUUUGAGUCUCUGGCAGACCAACACAAGUGGGACUGCACCUAAACCAUACCUAACGUUGCAGUGCCACAACAAGACAGCUAAUGACUUUGUCUUUGUGGGCUCCUCCUCCCUCAUUGCCACUGCAGGUCUUUCAACAGACAACAGGAAUGUGUGUCUAUGGGACACUCUGGUGACUCCUGCAAACAGCCUUGUACACGCUUUCUGCUGCCAUGAAUCCGGAGCGACGGUGCUCUUGAUGGCCUCCAGGCAGCAGCUGCUUAUCACCGGUGGGAGGAAGGGCUGGAUUAGUGUCCUGGAGCUCGCCCACAGGCACCAGCGUCAGAGCUUCCAGGCCCACGACUCGCCGGUCAAAGCUCUGGCUGUCGAUCCGACUGAGGACUGCUUUAUCAGCGGAUCAGCUGAGGGCAACAUCAAGAUCUGGAGCCUGGCCACGCAUUGUCUGCUCUACACCUUUCCCAACGAACACGCUCGCCAGUCCAUGUUCAGGAACCUCGGCACGGGUGUCAUGCAGAUAGAGGUGGGACCGUCCAAUCACAUCUUCUCCUGCGGCGCCGACGGAACCAUGAAGAUGAGGUGCCUCCCCAACCGCUUUAGUGUCGCCAAUAACAACAACAACCAUGGCAACCUCAAGAUCGAUGUCAAGUUCAUCGUAUAGACAAAUAAGGUGUACAGGCGAUUUAACUGGGUAAUGUGAAGUUGCCUGCACUGCUGCUGUGGAAAUAGCUUAAUGGACCUGGAGCAGUGGGCGUCAUGCUGUGACAGAACAAUGAUGUUGAGUGUUAUUAACCAGUGUAAAUGAAGAAUGGCAAAUCAAGGUGGAAAAAUCAUAGGAUUUACAGACUUUCACAUCCGAUGAUCCGGGGGCCAAAGAAUAAAACGAUCACAUCUGUCUCUUUGUGUGGUACGUGAACCCAAGCUGACCAAUCGCAGGAGCCUCGACAAGCGUUUUAAACUGUAGUGGAAGUUUAAAUUGGCAUAGGGUAACAACCGAGGGCACAUUUAACUAGAAUAAGCUGAACAAGAGACAAAAACCCAUCUGUAGAUUUUCAAAAACAAUUCCAUCUCAGGAGGACUGAACAGCGCAAGGAGAGCCUUUUAUGCACAGAAGGUGAAGCUGUAGAAGGAGCAAGAGGGUCUGAGACUCGCUGUGAAGAGUCUAAAGCUGCAGUGUUGUUCUUCUUAUACAGUAUUACCAUAUCUAUUAGUUUAUAAUAGUAAAUCGGUCAUGAUAGUGGAAGCAGUGUUCAGGUAGACUGUGUAUAAAGUGCUAAUAUACAGGUGCGGUAAGUGAUGCCUUCAGGGGUUUGAACGUUCUCACAAGACCGCUUCGCACAAUGCAGUAAGGCCAGUGGACGUCACACAAAGCACAUUAUAUCCAGUCACAAGGAUUCCCGGCGCAUUCUGGUGCUCCAUAUACAUAUUUAAACACAGGUGAGCCAGCUUGGUGGCAAAAACAGUAGACGAUUCACGGUCAAUCCCCAGGAUUGUUCGCAGGAUGUUUCAUAUUACUAUUACUUCACAUUUGGAUUUUUUUUUUUAGAUGUUGGGCUGACGCACUUUUCCAGCCCGACUUUAAAUGAACACAGGAAACUAAUUUUAUAACAAACCUUGUAAGACACUAACUAUGCAAAAGGCAGAAAUGAUGAUGAGGAUUGAUACCUCUCAUGUUAGUCUCUUAAAGGUACAGUUACAGCCAGCAGAUGGUUAGCUUAGCUCCAAGACCAGAAACCGACUUUAAGCUAAGCAAACCAUCUUAGCUCAAAGACUAAGCUUUUUAUAUCUUGUUUGUUUAGUUAAGUUUUUUUUGUCUCAAUUAAACGAGCAAUAUAUAACACGAUUUCAAAGAUGUUGCUAACGUUGGUCAGAGCCAAGCUAACGUUAGCCGUUUCCAGUCCAAGCUAAGCUGACCAGCUGCUUGCUAAAGCUUUAUAUUUAUCAGAUAUGAAAGUGGUGUAAAUCUUCCCAUCCAGCGUUGACGCAAGGAAAUGAAGGAGCAUAUUUCCUAAAACGCAAACAUAUUCCUUUAAUCAAACUAGUAGAAAUGUGUGUGAGUUUACAUGUAUGCCGCUACAUUUUCUUUAUUUUCAUGGACUACCUGAAUGCGCCAUUGCUUUUACUCUAUUUGCACAUAAACAUGAAGCUAAAUUGUAUGUAGUGUAAUGAAUAUAACUAUACGAGGCUGGGUGUCAGUAAAGCGGUCCAAGCCUUUAGUAAUAAGGUUAAUAUAUAGUACGAAGUUUGUUUAUCCCGGCCUAGAUGAAACCAGUGGUAUAUUAUUAUUAUUAUUAAGUGUCCUUAAUCUCUCUGAAACUACUUCAACCAUGCUGGCACAAGACUAAUAAUAUUGAUUAUUGAUAUUAAGUAGCUUUUAUUUAACAAAGCCCUCAUUGGUAAGGGACACCAUGAAUAAUACCUUUUCUGGCUGUUUUCUUCUAAGUGUUCACUAUUAAUAGCUCAAGAACAUGUAGCCAGAAACGUUGCUGUUGACAGUGGAAAGGGGUUUGGGUGGGGCAGUUAAGUUUUAGUGAAUAUACUGAAUUGUGUUGUGGAAAUGUUUUAUUCCGAUAACAAAGCACUUCCCUUUUAACGACUUUCAAGCUUUCAUUUUUCAAUAAGGACCAUGAUUUAAAACUGCCUCUGAAACAACAUUGUUUGCCUUGUAAUAAUCUUAAUUUUUAUUAGCGCUUUUGCUCUCUCUGGCUUGCUAUUCAGUUCCUUUGUCGAGGAAUUAACUUAAUUUCACUUUUUUGUUAUUCGAUUGCUUUAUAGAUCACCCAAAUGCAGCAAAUUGCCUUCAGUACAUGCUUGGUAAAUGAAGGUUAGGUUGGAGUGUAAUAUUGUGCGUCUUCAACAUGAAUCAGAAGGGAUUCGCGCAAACUGGCCUAUAGCCGUUUAGUCUGAAGGAGCAGAAUCCAUGAAGCUAUCUAGCCAUAGAAGCUUGUUGUGCUGCUGUAGGGAAACAAAUGUGCAGUACAUUAACUUUGAUUUCAGCGAGGAUAAACUGAAGAAAAUCUUUUAGAUGAAGCUGAUUUAUUGUAGUUAUGUAUAUACAUAGAUCCAUAAACUAGGCUUCUCAUUAGGACUGCAUAAUCAUAAGGACUAAUCAUAGAUAUGACCGAAGCCACUUUACGAAGAAAAUCAUUCUGUACACAGGUAUAUUUAUGGAAUAUGUUCAUAUUUAGGAUGAGUGAUGUAGGCAGAUGUUAAUUUCUGCUUUUUCUCCCUCUUAUUCCUGAUGUGGGCUUGAACGCCUGAGAUUUUUGUUUCCCCCCACAAAUCAAAGUGGGUGGAAAUGAAUGUGUACUCGUGCAGCAACUGGAGAUGAAAUGUUUUAUUAAAGCCAAACUAUAUACUCCUACAGAAACUGGAGAAUAAAAUUGAUUUUAACAAAGAAAUUGUUUUUGUUUUUUCAAAUACUGCUCAUUUUCUUUAAGACUUGCAUAACCAACAGAUAAGUUUAACUCCAUCAGCGUGGCAGGUCGCGGCUGUUGCAUAAUGACAUUAAACAAACAUCACGUUCUUUUUUUUGUCCUCAAUCUUGCAAAUGUGAAUUUGAUCAGAUAAUUCUAAUUUUAAUAAUAAAGAUGUGUAAAUCAAUGUAUAUACAAUAUUUACCUAUGUAAUAACGAAAUUAUGGAACAUGA